CACACACACGCUUUCUCAGACUCAGACACACUCGCUCCUCUCCAGUGUUUUUGGCCAGAAGUUGAGGUACACGUCAGAGUGCAAGCCUUGUACUGGUGAGCGGACGUGUGCGAUGACCUCAGCAGUUUGUGCGCAUCAGCUGACGCUGGCAGACACCGGAAGACAUGCAACGGAAGGUGGAGAUGCCGAUCAGCGAAGGAUUCUCCAUCGCUGGCCCCUCAUCCACUCCCCGGAAGCGGCAGGUGCGUUUCUCCGCCCGCCAUGACAUCCUGCUCCUCCGCGAGGUCAUCGCUCAGAACCCGUUCAUCUCGAAGGAGUCGGGCCGGAUCUGGGCUCGGGUGGGUGAGAUCGUUACAGCAGCGCUGCAGGACGAGAACUUUGAGGUGGAUGGACGCAGAUGCAGGGAGAGAACUAUGCUGCUACUCGACUACUACAAAAAGCAGGACUUUCCUAGCCUGCGCAGGUUCGGCACCGAGAGGCUCUACGCUCAGAAGGAGGAUCUGCUGCAUGAGGUUCUGGAGCUUGAGGCUGAAAAGAACCUGAUGGCAAGUGGUGAAGGAAAAUACCAGGAUGGAGAGAUGAAGAAGAGAACACUGGAGGAGCUCACACUGCCUGAGCCAGACAAACCCACUGUGCUUCCAGUCGCAGCAACGGCGCCUACAGUGUCUGGUUCAUUGGAGCCGGAGGAACAGGAGGACCUGGUCGAGCUGUCUGCGCCCACAGCCAAGCGGCCGUGCCAGUGCUGCUGCCAGACGUACUCGGAGAUCCUGAGCUUCCUGGAGAAACGCUCAGAAGCCGAGCAGCGGCUACGUGAAGAGGAGAUGGCGCUCCGCAGGGAAGAGCUCGAGAUCCAGAGGAGCAAAAUCGCUCUGGAACGCGAACGACUCGGUGCUGAGAGGAAGGAACGUGAGCGGCGCUUUGAGCUGGAGAGCCAGGAGAGGCAGGUCAUCCUCGACCUGCUCAAGGAGAAAGUUCUCAAGAGUGAGAAGAAUGCUGAGUGCUGACUUUUCGAAACACAGCACAGUGCUACAUUGCCAGUAGUUUGGACUCGUUUUGCUAACCUGUUGCUAACAUUUUUCCUCACAAACUGUCCCAUUUUCUAUUUGUUCAAGAGUUCGUAGAAUUAAUUCUAACAAGUGAAGGCUGUACAGAAUACUUUGUGACAAUAUACGUAGAUAUUGACUCUUAAUGUAGUAGAUAGCUAACAACUAGCUAGCUAAUUGGCUAAAUAAUAAUUUAUAGAUGGUAGCACUUUACAAAGGGUGUAUCCCAAACACUAGCACUUGAGUUUAGGGCUGGGUAAUGACAAAAAUAUCUCAUCAUGAUACAUGGUGACGUUUCUAUGAUAGAUAGGUUUCCUAACAAACUGCCAGCAAAACACCAGUAACAGUAAAUUUAAAAAACAACAACUAAAAAGUUACCUUUUUUUCUACAAAAAUAUAUAAACUAAAACAAACAAAAAAAAUCAUAAUAAUACGAACAAAUUCUAAUAUUGAAUAAAAAAGUACUAUUUAAUAAGGAUUCAAUACAAAAUCAUAUCAGCAUAAUAAUUUAAAAUUAAAAUUAGUUAGAAAAAUAUAUCAUAAUAACAAGAUAUACCAGAAAAAUGUUUUGUGACAUAAUUUAUCACAAUUGCCCAGCUCUACUUGAAUUUUUAUUUGAAAUUAAUUCUAACAAAUUACGAUAAAACUCGAUAAAACUUUCAAGAACAUGACUUUGAUACAACAUCACAAAUACGAGUCGCCCGUAAAGUCGCUAGUAUUUCAGAAUGCUAAACACAUACGUCCUCCGGCUAUAUGUUUCAGUGAGCAUCGCUACAUUUAUGUUAUAUUUAUGUUAUACAUUUCUGUAUAUUUCAUUAUACAAUCAUUCAGAUGACGUUUUUGAGCCAACUCUCCAUUUCCGGGUGUUAAAACUAUAAAGAAGCGUAUUAGAGAGUGAGCUAACUGAUAACAUUCUAUAUACCAAUCAAAUGAAACAUAAAUCCUGAUGAGUUUUUGUUUUUCUCAAGGGCGUGAUGACAUUUUGUCAAAAUAUCAGCGUACAGUUCUAAAAUUUACUGCGUUAAAAGUUAACUGAUUAACUGCGUUUAACUGUGUUAAAAGUUGACUGAGUUUGUUUAUAUAGUGUGUAACGGUAAAUGAAGAAUCAUUAGCUAGCAUUGCGCUGCAAACCUUAGCUAGCUAUGACAGCCAGAGUGAAUUUCCGAGUGAGAAUAACAACCUUGCACUAUUUUAUGAUAAUACUUCCUUUUCGUUUUUUUUUUUUUUAAAAGCAAAAAAUGCGUUGUAUUAAAAAUUCAAAUGCUUUGAGCAGAAAGAUAAACAUAAUUUGGUCAUGUAUUGUUAAAAAAAGCUUUAAAUAUUGAAGUCUAUGGGGGAUACUUACUUUCGCCCAACUGUGAAGAAAUCUUGUUACAGCUGUAAGUUUAAUUCUAAAUUAAAAUGUUUGGGACGGAGCCAUGUUUAGACGACAAAUGGAGAGAUUCGAUUGAUUGCAUCAGCUGGUGAAUCAGCGCUAUGUUAUCAAUCAGCUUCGAGCACCUUUCAGCUGCUAGCGUCCUUCAUGUCCUUCAUGUCCUUCAUGUUCUUCCUGAAAUGCAUUUAUUGUUCUCCCUGCAUGACAACCUCCGGGAGACAAGGACACGGGCGUUUCUGGGUCAAAAAGGAUGGAACUUAAGUUAAAAAAAAAUCAGCUAGCUCUAAAUGUAAUUGUGUUAGCAUCACUAACCUUUCAUUUCUUUGUCUUGAUGUACUGCUGAGUGAAAUAUACAACUCGUACAUGUUCUACUAGAGCUAGCAAAGCUACCUAAAUAGCACUGUGCUAACAUUAGCCAGCAAGCGAGUUGUCACAGUUAACGUUACUUCUCUAGCAUAACAUUAAGCAGCUAAAAUCUAGCUCAUGCUAGGUAAUCUGUUCUUUUUUUUUCAUGCGAUAAUGUUAGGUUAACAAUUCUAUCAUGAAUUUUAUUUUUUUUUUAGUAGUAAAAUUAAACUAGUGUACAUUAGCAGAUCAAUUUUAUUUAAUAUUAAAGUUUAAACCAGCAGCAAGUUUGCUAAUGUUAUGUGAAUGAUUUUAUUUUUAUUAAUUUUAUAAAUAAGUGUUCAAGGUCACUAGCACCUAUUUUAUUAUGUAAGUAGAACCAGGCUAACCUCUUUAGCAAGCUAGGAGAUAUGUAAAUUAUUAUUUUGGCUAAGCCAUUUUAUUGUAAUUAAAUCCAGCAACUGAGCUUGCUAAUGUUAUGUGUUUUUAUUGUGUAAGUCUAAGUUCAUUAGCAGGCUAGGUAACAUUACAUAAACUGUUUUAUUUGUUUAAUCAAAACCACUAGCCAAAGUAUGUGAAGUUUUCUGAUUGAGUUUGCGAUUGGAGCUUGCAAUGAGCAAUCUAUGUUUGCUAGAAAGAUAGCUUACAUUAUGCAAUCUAUUAUGUUAUAUAUUUAAAAUUUGUUGCUAGCCAUCAAAUUGUUAGCAAACUAGCUAUUGUAUCAUUGUCUGUAACUAUUAAUAUAGCUAUAAUAAACCAGUAACCAAGUCCGUAGCAAACUAGCUAACAUAAGUAAGCUAAUUUAACAUGCAACCAAAACCAGAAGAGAACAUAUUUAAAGUAUGGUGGUGAUGUCAUAUGAUCAAGUUUGUGGUUGGCUGAAAAGAUUUAACUUAAGCUCCGCCUUCAUUGAUGCAGCGUCGCCCGAUACUCGGCAGAAUCAGGACUCGUUUAAAAUGCUGUAAUUUAGUUGCAAUGCUGCAAAUUUUUUUAUACUCAUUUCCUCAACUGCAGUUCAUUUCCAUGUAAAUUAAAAUCAAACUGUUGCUGCAUGACACAAAUGAGUUUAAGGAUGUACAAUCAUAAUUUUUUUAGAUGUUGGAAGCUGCUGUAGAUGUGAAGUUUGUUACAUUUGUCAGAUUUAAUGUACAGUAAUAUGUUUGCUGUGAAAUGAUGCAGAGCCAUCGUUGUGCAUCACAUAGCCAAGUCUUUGUUGAGAGAUGACAAUAAUUGAUGUUUACGUUGUCCAAUAUUUACCAUGUGCUGCCAUUUUUUUUUUUUGCCCACGUCUUUGUUGCACUCAGAGAGUUGAAGCGACUACCCUGGCUAAAAAAUGAUUAAUAUUUAACAAUAAUAUUCCAGGGCUUCACUUGUAUGUAUUUUUAGCUAUAUUAUUUUUGCUAAAUGAAAAUUAGUUGAUACUACUGAAAUGUAACAUGAUAUAUAAUUAUUUGGAUUACACAGCUUUAUAUUGUGAAUAAAAGUUUGAAUAAUUG